AAGUACUUUGCUUAAAAUGCAGUUUAGUUCUACCCUCCUAGUAAUAAGAAUAAUAAAAAUGUAUUAAAUAAAUUAGUCAAAUCUAGCACUAACAUGGAUUUGUACAGGCAGCCCUCAUAAUGGUGAUGGUAGUGUUGCGAUAUAUGUGCCUGUCUUUCUCUUUGCACGCUGCAAUUAUCAGAAAUACAUGAAAACUUGCAGACUGGAUGUGUUUGAUACCCAAGAAGACAAUGACUUUGUAGAAACUAAAACUGAUGAUGCUCCUGGCAAGGGUUCAGCUGGUAGCAGCCUUGCUUCUGAUUUAGGGAAAAUAAGAAUGAUGUGUGAAGAUGUUGAAGAAAUACUGCUUCUUACACUGAAAGUGGUGGUAGCCUUGUGUGGUGGCGUGUCACCUGAGCGUGGGAGAAAAUAAUCAAAGAAGCUUUUCAAGUGUUGCGCCAACAUCAGCUCGCCCUUGCAUCUGAAGUGUUUUGGCUUUAAAAAAAAAAGUCAUGUUGAGUAUCCGCGAAGGUGGUUACCUCUUGUUUAUAAUAUGUCACUGGACUGGCAUGAAUUUCAGAGAUCCUUUUCGAAGCUGGUGUUUUGCUACUGCUGUGCUACACCGUAUUGAAAUUCCUGAAAUCAUCAGAUGUGAUUCUCUCAUUGUUGGCAGCAUGGAACCAUUGAAACAGUCUUCAGAAGUUAUCAGAGAGAUUGUAAAGGAAAAAGAUCUCGCAGACGCUCUAGAAGAAGGAGGCUGUGAUCUUGAAACUGUGAGAAACAUCAUUCAAGGAAGGCAGUUACCUGCUGAUCUGAGGGCCAAAGUCUGGAAGAUUGCACUUAAUGUUGUAGGAAAGGGGGACAGCCUAGCAUCCUGGGAUGGCUCUUUAGACCUACCAGAACAGAGUGUAAUUCAUAAGGAUUGCCAAGAGCUAAUUGACCAGUUGUCAGUGCCAGAAGAGGAAAAGUCAGUAUUACUUCUGGAUAUUGAGUCUGUUAUUACUUUUUAUUGUAAAUCACGCAAUGUUAAAUACAGUUCUUGCCUUGGCUGGAUACACUUACUCAAACCUCUGGUGCACCUUCGUUUGCCACGCAGUGAUUUGUACAACUCCUUUUAUGCUAUCAUGAAUAAAUUCAUUCCAAGGGAUUGUUUUAUGAAGGGAAGACCAUUUCAUCUAUUUAGGCUGCUGCUUCAGUACCACGAGCCUGAACUCUGCUCCUUUCUUGAUACUAAGAAGAUGACUCCAGACUCAUAUGCACUCAACUGGCUUGGAAGCCUCUUCUCGUAUUACUGUUCAGAUGAAGUCACUCAGGCAAUAUGGGAUGGAUAUCUACAACAAGCAGAUCCAUUCUUUAUUUAUUUCUUAAUGUUAAUCAUCCUUGUCAAUGCAAAAGACGUUAUCUUAGCACAAGAAUCAGAUAAAGAAGAAAUGAUAAAAUUCUUAGAAACUUCACCAGCCAAUCUCGAUUUAGAGGACAUAGAAGAUCUCUUCUCUUUGGCACAAUAUUACUGUAGCAAAACUCCAGCUUCUUUCAGGAAGGACAACCACAGUCUUUUUGGCAGCAGCUUGCUGGGCCUCAAAGAUGAUGACACAGACUUGAGCCAGGCUCUCUGUCUAGCAGUUUCUGUGUCUGAGAUUCUUCAAGCAAACCAGCAACAAGGAGAAGGAGUAAGGUUCUUUGUAGUGGAUUGUCGUCCUGCAGAGCAAUAUAAUGCUGGGCACCUAUCAACAGCAUUUCAUUUGGAUUCUGAUUUGAUGCUUCAAAACCCAUCAGAAUUUGCACAGUCUGUAAAAUCCCUAUUAGAAGCACAAAAACAAUCUAUCGAGUCUGGCUCCAUAGCUGGUGGGGAACAUCUCUGCUUCAUGGGAAGUGGCAGGGAAGAAGAAGAUAUGUAUAUGAACAUGGUGCUAGCACACUUCUUACAGAAAAAUAAGGAGUAUGUAAGCAUUGCCAAAGGAGGAUUUAUGGCCCUCCAGCAACACUUAGCAGAUAUCAAUGUGGAAGGACCAGAAAAUGGAUAUGGCCACUGGAUUGCUAGUACCUCAGGCUCAAGAAGCAGCAUAAACUCCUCUGUUGAUGGUGAUUCUCCUAACGGUUCGAGUGAUGGAAAAGGAGUGAAGUCCCUGGUGAACAAAAUGACGGUUGCUUUGAAGACUAAAUCUGUGAAUGUGAAAGAAAAAGUUAUUAGUUUUAUUGAAAAUACAUCUACUCCAGUGGACAGAAUACCUUUCAAUAUUCCCUGGCCAGACAGAGCAAGCCUGGAGCGGCAUGUCAGCAGCAGUGACAGAGUAGGAAAACCCUACCGUGGUGUGAAACCAGUAUUCAGCAUCGGAGAUGAAGAAGAAUACGACACUGAUGAAAUUGAUAGCUCCUCAAUGUCAGAUGAUGAUCGAAAAGAGGUCGUCAACAUCCAAACGUGGAUAAAUAAACCCGAUGUGAAGUAUAACUUCCCAUGUAAUGAAGUGAAAGAAAAUGGACAUAUGUUUCCCAGUCAUCUCCUGGUAACAGCAACUCAUAUGUACUGUUUGAGAGAGAUUCCGUCACGAAAGGGACUGGCUUACAUACAGUCCCGACAGGCACUCAACUCCGUAGUCAAAAUCACAUCCAAGAAGAAACACCCAGAACUGAUCACCUUUAAAUAUGGAAAUAGCAAUACUUCAGGCAUAGAAAUUUUGGCAGUUGAAAGGUAUUUGAUCCCAAAUGCAGGUGAUGCUACCAAAGCCAUAAAACAACAGAUCAUGAAAGUAUUGGAUGCCUUGGAGAGUUAA